CCUGCGGCAGCGGCAGCGCUGAGGAGCCGGCGCGCUGGCUGCCGCUAUCGCCGACGCUACCGCGGCUGGGGACGGGCGCUCCUCUGCGGCUGAGGGGCAGAGCGGGGCGGCAGCAUGUCUACUAAGGCGGAGCAGUUUGCUUCCAAAAUCCGAUACCUUCAGGAAUACCACAAUCGGGUCCUCCACAACAUUUACCCUGUGCCCUCUGGAACUGACAUUGCAAAUACUCUGAAAUACUUUUCUCAGACGUUAUUGAGCAUUUUGUCCCGCACAGGGAAGAAGGAGAAUCAAGAUGCCUCCAAUUUGACAGUGCCCAUGACCAUGUGUCUUUUUCCUGUGCCAUUCCCACUCACCCCAUCUCUAAGACCACAGGUCAGUUCCAUCAACCCUACUGUUACUCGCUCCCUCCUUUACAGCGUCCUGCGAGAUGCUCCAUCUGAACGUGGCCAGCAAAGUCGUGAUGCUCAGUUAUCAGACUACCCAUCUUUGGACUAUCAAGGACUUUACGUGACACUGGUGACACUGCUGGAUCUAGUUCCCUUGCUACAACAUGGUCAACAUGAUCUUGGGCAGUCAAUUUUUUACACUACUACGUGCUUACUUCCUUUUCUCAAUGAUGAUAUUUUGAGUACUUUACCCUAUACAAUGAUUUCAACACUAGCUACCUUUCCUCCAUUUCUGCACAAGGAUAUUAUAGAGUAUCUCAGCACAUCUUUUCUGCCUAUGGCUAUAUUGGGAUCCUCAAAAAGAGAAGGUGUUCCAGCACAUGUCAAUCUGUCUGCAUCAUCAAUGCUAAUGAUUGCAAUGCAGUAUACAUCAAACCCGGUGUAUCACUGCCAGUUAUUGGAAUGCCUCAUGAAAUAUAAGCAAGAAGUGUGGAAAGAUUUGUUAUACGUUAUAGCUUACGGGCCGUCUCAAGUUAAACCUCCAGCAGUACAAAUGUUAUUUCACUAUUGGCCCAAUUUAAAACCUCCUGGGGCAAUCAGUGAAUACAGAGGACUGCAGUACACAGCCUGGAAUCCUAUUCAUUGCCAGCACAUUGAGUGCCAUAAUGCAAUUAACAAACCAGCUGUGAAGAUGUGCAUUGAUCCAUCCUUGUCUGUGGCUUUGGGUGAUAAGCCACCUCCCCUAUAUCUUUGUGAAGAAUGCAGCCAGAGAAUUGCAGGGGAUCACAGUGAAUGGUUGAUUGAUGUUCUUCUACCACAAGCUGAAAUUUCUGCUAUAUGUCAGAAGAAGAACUGUAGUUCACAUGUCAGAAGAGCUGUUGUCACAUGCUUCUCAGCGGGCUGCUGUGGCCGCCAUGGCAACAGGCCAGUGCGCUAUUGCAAAAGAUGCCAUUCGAAUCAUCAUAGCAGUGAAGUUGGGGCAGCUGCAGAAACCCAUCUUUAUCAGACCUCACCACCCCCUAUCAAUACCCGGGAGUGUGGGGCAGAGGAACUUGUGUGUACUGUGGAAGCUGUGAUCAGCUUGCUGAAGGAAGCAGAGUUUCAUGCUGAGCAGAGGGAGCAUGAGCUCAACCGCAGGAGACAGAUGGGCCUCUCCUCUUCCCAUCACUCCCUGGACAACACAGACUUUGAUAACAAAGAUGAUGACAAGCAUGAUCAGCGCCUCCUGAGCCAGUUUGGAAUCUGGUUCUUGGUGAGCCUUUGCACUCCUAGUGAGAAUACACCCACGGAGAGUUUAGCAAGGCUGGUUAGCAUGGUGUUCCAGUGGUUUCACUCUACAGCUUACAUGAUGGACGAUGAAGUUGGUAGCCUGGUUGAAAAGCUCAAACCCCAGUUUGUUACGAAGUGGUUAAAGACUGUUUGUGAUGUCCGGUUUGAUGUCAUGGUUAUGUGCCUCCUUCCUAAACCAAUGGAGUUUGCCAGGGUUGGCGGAUACUGGGACAAAUCAUGUAGUGCUGUGACCCAAUUAAAAGAAGGGCUGAAUCGAAUCCUUUGCUUGAUUCCAUACAAUGUGAUAAACCAGCCGGUGUGGGAAUGUAUCAUGCCAGAGUGGUUGGAAGCUAUAAGGAUGGAAGUGCCUGAUAAUCAACUGAAAGAGUUCCGGGAAGUGUUGAGCAAAAUGUUUGACACUGAACUUUGCCCUCUCCCAUUCUCUAUGGAGGAGAUGUUUGGCUUCAUUAGCUGUCGAUUCACAGGGUAUCCAUCCUCUGUGCAAGAGCAAGCAUUGCUUUGGCUGCACGUGUUAUCUGAACUAGACAUUGUUGUUCCUCUUCAGUUACUAAUCAGCAUGUUUUCUGAUGGAGUUAAUUCUGUAAAAGAAUUAGCAAAUCAAAGAAAAUCCAGAGUUAGUGAACUCGUGGGAAACAUUGCAGCUCGGAGGGUAAGCAUUGCUUCUGAUCCUGGGCGCAGAGUUCAGCACACCAUGCUGAGUCCUUUCCCAAGCCCUUUCCAGAGCCCAUUUCGGAGUCCAAUACGUAGUCCUUUUCACAGCCCUUUCAAGAAUUUUGGACACCCCAGUGGAAAGACAAUUGAUUUUGACUGUGAAGAUGAUGAAAUGAAUCUUAAUUGCUUCAUUCUGAUGUUUGACCUCAUCUUGAAGCAGAUGGAACUCCAGGAUGAUGGUGUCACUUUGGGCUUAGAGAACAGCAUUUCAAAAGAUAUAAUAUCCAUCAUAAACAAUGUGUUCCAGGCACCCUGGGGUGGUUCUCAUACCUGUCAGAAAGAUGAAAAAGCAGUUGAAUGUUGUCUGUGUCAGUCCAGCAUUCUCUGUUACCAGCUGGGUUUUGAGCUGCUAGAACAACUUGCUCCAAAAGAAGAAAUCAGGCUUGUGGAGCCCACAGAUAACCUCGAGGAUAGUCUUCUGUAUACUAGACCUGAGUUUAUUAUAGGAACUGAAGGAGAAGAGGAAGACAAAUCAGCACCAAAGCAUGGAGAAAACCCAGGAAAUCACACAGAGACAGCAGAAAAUGCUGCGAUAAAGAAUGACACAGAAAGGAAAUUUUGUUAUCAGCAGCUUCCAGUUACCUUGAAGCUCAUAUAUACAAUAUUACAGGAAAUGUCAAGGUUUGAAGAACCAGACAUUCUUUUUAAUAUGCUGAACUGUCUGAAGAUCCUGUGUCUUCAUGGGGAAUGCCUCUAUAUAGCAAGAAAGGACCAUCCACAAUUUCUUGCCUAUAUUCAAGAUCACAUGCUGAUUGCAAGCUUAUGGGGAGUUGUGAAGUCUGAAUUCUCUCAGCUUUCUUCUUUGGCAGUCCCCCUUCUUCUCCAUGCACUUUCACUUCCCCAUGGAGCUGACAUUUUCUGGACAAUAAUAAACAGCAAUUUCAACAGCAAAGAUUGGAAGAUGAGAUUUGAAGCAGUGGAGAAGGUGGCUGUAUUGUGCAGAUUUUUGGAUAUUCACUCCGUGACAAAAAACCACCUACUGAAGUACUCUUUGGCUCACGCAUUCUGCUGUUUCUUGACUGCUGUGGAAGAUGUCAACCCAGCAGUAGCCACAAGAGCUGGGCUGUUACUUGACACUAUAAAGAGGCCAGCUUUACAGGGUCUCUGCCUCUGCCUUGAUUUCCAGUUUGACACAGUUGUCAAGGACAGGCCCACGAUUCUUAGUAAGCUUUUGCUACUUCAUUUUCUAAAAGCAGAUAUUCCAGCUUUGAGCUGGGAGUUCUUUGUGAAUCGCUUUGAGACCUUGUCUCUGGAAGCACAGCUUCAUCUGGACUGCAACAAAGAAUUCCCUUUCCCAACAACUAUCACUGCUGUCCGGACAAAUGUCGCCAACCUCAGUGAUGCAGCAAUGUGGAAGAUCAAGAGGGCUCGUUUCGCACGUAAUCGUCAGAAGAGUGUGCGUUCCCUGAGGGACAGUGUGAAGGGACCAGUGGAGUCAAAGAGAGCGCUCUCCCUUCCAGAAACCUUAACCACCAAAAUUCGACAACCCUCCCCAGAGAAUGAUAACACAAUAAAAGACCUGCUGCCAGAGGAUGCUGGGAUUGAUCACCAAACAGUACACCAGCUCAUUACUGUGCUAAUGAAGUUUAUGGCAAAGGAUGAGAGCAGUGCCGAGUCGGACAUCAGUAGCGCUAAAGCUUUCAACACAGUCAAGCGCCAUCUAUACGUGCUGCUUGGUUAUGAUCAGCAGGAAGGAUGCUUUAUGAUUGCACCACAAAAAAUGCGUGUUUCAACAUGCUUUAAUGCCUUUAUUGCUGGAAUAGCACAAGUGAUGGACUAUAACAUCAACCUGGGAAAACACCUUCUUCCCUUGGUGGUGCAGGUGUUGAAAUAUUGCACUUGUCCUCAGCUAAGGCAUUACUUUCAGCAGCCUCCUCGCUGCUCCCUCUGGUCUCUCAAACCUCACAUUCGGCAGAUGUGGCUAAAGGCUCUGCUUGUCAUUCUCUAUAAGUACCCCUACAGAGACUGUGAAAUCAGCAAGAUUGUACUUCACCUAAUCCACAUCACAGUCAAUACCCUCAACGCUCAAUAUCACAGCUGCAAGCCCCACGCAACUGCUGGUCCUUUGUAUAGUGACAACAGUAACAUAAGCCGAUACAGUGAAAAGGAGAAAGAGGAAGACAGUGUUUUUGAUGAAUCUGAUAUUCAUGAUACACCAACUGGACCUUGCAAUAAAGAAUCUCAAACUUUCUUUGCAAGACUGAAAAGAAUUGGUGGCAGCAAAAUGGUGAAAUAUCAACCAGUUGAGAUGAAUGCUCAGAGAAGUGAAAUAGAGCUGGCUGAAUAUAGAGAGACGGGGGCCUUACAAGACAGUAUUCUACGCUGUGUGAGAGAAGAAAGCAUUCAGAAAAAAAAACUGCGCUCUCUAAAACAAAAAUCUCUUGAUAUAGGGAAUGCAGACUCCCUGUUGUUUUCAUUAGAUGAACAUCGCAGGAAGUCCUGCAUAGACCGGUGUGACUUAGAAAAACCUCCUGUCCCUGCUGCUUACGCCAUACACCGGCAGAGUGAUUAUGGACAAUCUGGACAGAAUUCUUCUACUAAACCUGAAAAUACAGAAACACAAGAAAAUCUUCCUCGCACGGAGAGUUUCCAGGAAACAAGACGACCUGUCAUACCAGAAGUUAGGCUAAACUGUAUGGAAACCUAUGAAGUGAAAGUGGACUCUCCGGUUAAAUCUGGUAGUCCUAAGGAAGAUUUAGAUCUGAUAGAUUUGUCCUCUGACUCAACAUCAGGUCCUGAAAAACAUUCAGUACUCUCCACUUCAGACAGUGACUCUUUGGUCUUUGAACCACUUCCUCCCCUUAGAAUAGUGGAGAGUGAUGAAGAAGAAACAACAAACCAGCUGAAUGAUGAGAUCUCUGGGAAAACUACUGCAUCAUUUCCCUCAACUCCAAUCAAUGUCUCUGCACUCAGCCUCAGCACAACACCGCUAGUCCAGUUCAGCAUUGAAGAUUGCUCCAAAGACUUUAGUUCUAAGGAUACAAGCAACAGUACUUCAGCAGGAAUAGAGGACAUCCUUUCUGUUUCUCCUAAAGAUCAAAAGGACUCAUCAGAGUUAGCUAAGCCAGAAGAACUUCAGGACAUGUCCUGUGGGAGCCCACUAACACUGAAACAGAAAAGAGACCUGCUGCAGAAGUCAUUUGCCCUUCCAGAAAUGUCCCUUGAUGAUAACUCUGAGCUCAGCAUAGAGGAAAUUAGAUCUAGUGGAGCAAUUCCAAGCCCAAAUGUAAAGACAGUCCUUAUUAAAGUCCCCGAAGAUUCUGAAAACCAAACAGAAAGUGGUAAACUUGAUGCCAACACAGAGUCUGACACUGAACAAAACAUGGAGCAGAAACAAGAAGAGGAGAUCGAAGAGUCAGAAUUCAAGAUUCAGAUUGUUCCUCGCCAGAGGAAACAGAGGAAGAUUGCUGUGAGUGCUAUUCAGAGAGAAUACCUGGACAUUUCUUUCAACAUCCUUGACAAGCUGGGAGAGCAGAAGGAGGCAGACCCUGCUGCCAAGGGACUUUCAACACUGGAAAUGCCAAGAGAGUCAUCAUCUGCACCGACCCUUGAAGCAGGAGUCCCAGAGACAAGUAGUCACUCCUCCAUAUCAACUCAGUUCAGACAAAUGAAAAGAGGCUCUUUGGGAGCUCUGACAAUGAACCAGCUAAUGAAGAGGCAGCUGGAACACCAGUCUAGUGCUCCCCACAAUAUCAGCACUUGGGAUACUGAGCAGACACAGCAUGGAAAGCGGCUGUGCAAUGUCCCUGUUUGCCUAAACCCCGACUUGGAGGGACCGCCACUAAGAAUCAGAGGUGCCACAAAAUCUAGCUUGCUGUCAGCACCCAGUAUAGUUAGUAUGUUUGUACCUGCGCCAGAAGAAUUUGCUGAUGACCAGCCCAUUAUGAUGACUGACAAGUGUCAUGACUGUGGGGCUAUUCUUGAAGAAUAUGAUGAAGAAACACUAGGCCUGGCCAUAGUUGUGCUGUCAACCUUCAUUCACCUUAGUCCAGACUUGGCUGCUCCUCUGCUGCUGGACAUCAUGCAGUCUGUAGGAAGGUUGGCAUCAAGUACCAGUUUUUCUAAUCAAGCAGAAAGUAUGAUGAUCCCUGGAAAUGCUGCAGGUGUGGCCAAGCAGUUCCUCCGUUGUGUGUUCCAUCAGCUGGCUCCCAAUGGUAUCUUCCCCCAGCUCUUCCAGAGCAAUAUUAAAGAUGGAAGUUUUUUACGGACCUUGGCCAUGUCUCUUAUGGACUUCAGUGAGCUGAGUUCCAUUGCUGCUCUGAGCCAGCUGUUAGAGGGUUUAAACAACAAAAAGAAUCUGCCAGCAGGGGGUGCAAUGCUACGCUGUUUGGAAAAUAUUGCUACCUUCAUGGAAGCCUUGCCUAUGGAUUCACCCAGCAACCUCUGGACCACAAUUAGUAAUCAGUUUCAGACCUUCCUUACUAAACUCCCCUGUGUUUUGCCACUUAAGUGUUCUUUAGAUUCUAGUUUAAGAAUCAUGAUUUGCUUGUUAAAGAUACCUACCACUAGUGCCACCAGGAGUCUCCUGGAGCCUUUUUCAAAAUUACUAAGCUUUAUAAUUCAGAAUGCUGUCUUCACUCUGGCCUACCUGGUGGAACUGUGUGGGCUGUGCUACCGGGCCUUCACUAAGGAAAGGGAUAAAUUCUACUUGACACGCAGUGUCAUACUGGAGUUAUUGCAGGCACUCAAGUUGAAGUCACCAUUACCAGACAUGAAUCUGCUGCUGUUGGUGCAGUUUGUUUGUGCAGAUGCAGGAACAAAGCUAGCUGAGUCGACAAUCUUGCAUAAACAGAUGAUUGCUUCUAUGCCUGGAUGCGGAACAGCAGCAAUGGAAUGCAUGAGGCAGUAUAUUGGGGAAGUGCUGGAUUUCAUUGCAGAUAUGCAUACCUUAACCAAAUUAAAGAGCCACAUGAAGACUUGUUCACAGCCACUGCAUGAAGACACAUUUGGUGGACAUCUGAAAGUUGGUUUAGCUCAGAUUGCUGCUAUGGAAAUCACCCGGGGAAACCACAGAGACAACAAAGCUGUGAUCCGAUAUUUGCCUUGGCUUUACCAUCCUCCUUCUGCAAUGCAACAAGGGCCCAAAGAGUUCAUAGAAUGUGUAUCACACAUUCGUUUGCUGUCCUGGUUACUUCUGGGGUCUCUGACACACAAUGUUGUCUGUCCAAAUUCUCCAUCAUCUUGCAUGCCUAUUCCACUGGAUGCGGGUUCACAAAUUGCUGACCACCUUAUUGUCAUUCUGAUUGGGUUUCCAGAGCAAUCAAAGACAUCUGUUCUGCACAUGUGUUCCCUCUUCCAUGCAUUUAUAUUUGCUCAGCUCUGGACAGUGUAUUGUGAACAAACAGCGGUAGCUCCAACAGUCCAGAAUCAGAACGAAUUUAGCUUUACAGCAAUCCUUACAGCCCUGGAGUUCUGGAGCCGAGUGACACCUAGCAUCCUACAGCUAAUGGCACAUAACAAAGUGAUGGUGGAAAUGGUGUGCCUGCAUGUGAUCAGUUUAAUGGAGGCUUUACAGGAAUGCAACUCUACUAUCUUUGUAAAGCUCAUACCAAUGUGGCUGCCAAUGAUCCAGUCAAAUCUAAAGCAUUUAUCUGCCGGACUCCAGCUUCGCCUCCAAGCUAUCCAGAGCAAUGUCAACCAUCACAGCCUAAGGAUGUUACAGGGGUCAGGACAAAUGAACAAUAGCUCAUCUGUGCUCCGCAAGUGGCUACAGUGUACCCAAUUUAAAAUGGCUCAAGUAGAAAUUCAGUCGUCAGAAGCUGCAUCUCAGUUUUAUCCUUUAUGAUUCAUGUAAUUUGUUCCAAAUGUUCACUUUUAGCCAAGCAAUAACAGGGGUAGAGCUGUAAAAGACCAUUUGUAUAAAUCAGUAUACAGAGUAUAUACUGUAUCUAUACUUUUUAGCCUAGGAAAUACUGUGGAAAAGCUUAUAAUGGAUGAAGCUAAGAGCCUGAUCCUGCCAAUCUUUGAUUUUACUUAGGAUCAACAGGUUCUUAAAUCUGCAUUCAUGAACAUGUAUUUGCAGCAUUGGACUUAAAUCUAUCACAUUGUACAUAUCUGAUCACUAAGAUAUCUUGUUCUGAAAUGUUUCUUUAUAUUAUUUUUGAAGCUAAGACAACAAUCACUUUUCUUUAACUUUUUUUUUAAUAGAAUUGUGGGUAUUCACAAACACGGAAGUGCUCUGUUGCUAUUUUUUGAUGAUAAAAGAAAACAGGGGUUUUAGGAAUCUUUAUAGGAGGAUUUUUUUUUGUGGGGGUAUGUCUUUUUUUUAGAUUCACAGCUGGCAAUGCAAUAAAACCUGUCACUAUAAAACCGUGAUCUUCUAAUGAGACUUUUUGUCAUCAUCUUCUGGGAAAACAGCAGCUUGUAAGGAGAGUUAUUAUAAAGUGCACUUAGAAAUUAGGUUGUUAAACUGUGCUGAUUUGUUUGUCUUUUCUUCAGUACUGUUUUCCAAAACUGCCAAGUCUGAUUUAUUAUUUUUUGAAAUAUUGCUUUUACUUACUCCAUUGAUUCCGUGCUGCUCUUCUUUGUAGGUUUCAUAGAAGCCUCUUUAAUUUUGUGACUACUGUAUUGUAUUCUUCUGUCAAUACUUGUAAAUGGUGCAAUUAAAAAUGGAUAUCCCACACCUAUUCUUGAUGUCUACAGAACUUAUAUUGCAAACUUCAAGAGGAAUGUGAUUAGACCUAAACUUUUUCAUAAUGAUAUUUAUGAAUCAAAGCAUUCUCGUACUGUUGUAUUAAGCAUGAUGUUUAAUAACAGAUUGAUUUUAAUAUCAUUAAGAGACUCAGCCAAAGCUGAUUAGAAUCUAAGGAGACUCAAGUCAGUGGAUUUUAUAUAAAAUUGUGAGAGACCGUGAUUUACCACGAUUUACCACCUCUUGUAAUUAAUACUUAAAUCUGUGCAAUCACAGUUGCAUUUUCUGUAUUUUUUCCUGUAGUGCGCUGAUUAGAAGAAUAACAA